AUGGUUUAUGCUUCCACAGCGGCAAUGUUCACCAUGAAUGUUAUCACAUUUGCAAAAUUGAUAGCUCUUACAAGAUCGAACACCGUUCUUUCGAAUGCAGAGAGCACCAAACGAAUGAAAAGGAACAAAGUCCUUUUCGCUCAGAAAGUGUCUCAAGACAGUCUCUACCUGGUUGACAUGCUUUUCGCACAAGUACUGUCCGUAUUACUACCUUACAACUGGUGGACCUUCCUAUGCCUAACAUUUAUCUGGGUGUUGUUGAACACCAUCGACGGGUAA